GUGACGCGCUAAAUCUCGGAGGACUUCUGCGUUUUCCGAGGAAAAGGCUGUAACGGUUUUCAGAUAAGUGAAACGCGGUCAUUAUUUCAGAAAUAUAAUGACGCUAUUGGUAAAGAAUUGCUGUAUUUAUUACGGCCUAAUAAUAUCUUUAACCGUAUGAGAGAAAGUCGCAUUGCUUGGCCUUGUUUGUUUCGGAAGACAAUAUUAAAAGACGCACAGUGUUACGUAAUUGUACGUGUACUCAGCUGUGACGUAUAAAUACGCGAAGGCGCAUGCCUCGGCGCGUUUUUGGUCGAUACCCAAUGCAAGAAGACCCGAGCUCAGGAAUACGAGUGUUUGGGAGUCAAGGAUAGUGUUCGCUUGUCGUCAACAGUGCGAACACAGCAUCAGGAAGGGUGUUUGUGACAUUUCAGUGUAACAAUUAUGAAGACGGGCAAGAACACUUAAAGGUUCUGGUUGCGUAUAGCUAACAAGAACUGAUAUCGGCUAUGUCCACUUGGAAUGUUCCUGUCAGUUGCAAGUUUAGUUCUUAGAGACGGACAUCCAUAUUUCCAGGAGUACGUGCAUCUCAGCAUACAGAACAAGACAUCCGAGGUUAGGGGAAAAUUGGCCUUUUAUUAAACAGGGAGGCUGAAUCAAAAGUAGGUGACCUAAUGCGUAGCUUUCCUAUGGGCAUUGCAGCGGUGAUAUCAACUGCUCGUGCGUAAGAUACCAAAGUAUCCAUGGAAGAGAAUCCCAGCUACUCAGAUACACCCAAAGGAUCCCCGAUAAUGGUAAAACGGGAAGGACUUACGGUCAUCAGUGGAAGUGUACAAAAAGAUAAAGAGGUAUCAGAAUCGACCCAGAAAUCUAUACAUGACAUUUGUCAGACUUCAGAUGAUUAUGCCAGUUGUGACCAAAAUACCUUUGUAUCUUUGACCACAGAUGAAAAAUACGACAAAUCCUUAAGCAGGGAUGAAAUUAGUGUUGAGACAAAAAUAAUAUGGGACGUCGUGGGCACGAAAAACAAAGAACUUAAUGGUGUAAAUAGAAGCGACAUUUCAGCCUUGAGAUCAGUUGCUUUAAAUAUUAUCGUGAACUCAGUUUCCCUGAAUAUCUCGGGUAGUGGGUCAGGAGUAAGCAUUAGUGGAGUUUGUUCAGAUCGACAGAACGAGUCUGAAGUGAAUGCUGUAGGAAUUGACAUAAAAGAACAUUCCACAGCUGAGGUGAAAGACAAAAACCACGUAUCCUCUGAAUGCGAAGAAAUUUGUGACGAAAAUGUUGGAAGAACUGAGAUACCUGUCGCAGAUUCAGAAUGUUUGAAGACAGAGGAUGCAAGUUGUAAUUCUGAUGUCAGUAAGACUAAUGCUGUUCCUGAUCCAAUACUUCCUGAAUAUCUCAGUCUGCUUCUGGAGGGCAUGAAUGUGUGCGGAGACUCGGGGUGCCCUAUGAAUCCCAGGCCAGAGUGGGUUGACUUGGAUAAAUUCCGAAGAGGCCAGUGCGUUGCCAUGAAGUAUCUGUUUGGUCUUAUGUUAGCCGAAAUGCUGUCUCUUAUGUUAAUCCUUAGUUACCCUCAUGGUCUCCACCCACUUGUCUUCACGAGAAAAUCUGAUACUCCUUUCAAAUCAUUCAAGAGAUAUCUUUCUACAUUGAUACGAGUUAGAUCGUGGUAUUCCGAUGACAUCUGGAAGCCUGGUACAGAAGGUCACAGAAAUGUUAACGUAGUUAGAGCGAUGCAUGAAUCUGUCAGACAGGGGCUGCAUAACACCAAACCUGAAGACCUCCCUAAGAAAAUAAGACUCUCAGGGAAUUCCAAGUGCGUGUGCAAAGACGCAAUAUGGAGCCCUCUUCAUGAAAAGAUAUGUGAAGACUUUCAGGUAUCCUGUCCAUACCCUCGUCCUAACCAAUGUCCUUUUCUUGACUACCACAGCAGUUCUGUCUUCGUGAAUCAGAUGGACAUGGCAGUUGCUCAGUUCGGGUUUGUGGGACUCUUCGUUCUGUUUCCUCGUAGGUUUGGUGCCCAUGGAAUUUCCGAUGAGGACAUGGAUGCUUUCGUUCACCUUUGGCGUUGCCUGGGGUACGUAUUGGGUUUAGAAGACAAGUAUAAUUUCUGUAACGGUGAUUUAGAAACUGUUCGACAGAGGAGUCGUGACAUAAUUAAUUUUUGGGUGAAACCUAAUUUACGCGAAGUUUCUCGUGACUGGGAGCACAUGGUGCGUUGUAUAGUGGAGGGAGUCAGCUAUUACAUCCCUGGAAUUACGUUUGAAAUAUCGCUUCUGUAUUUGUGCAGUUUGCUGGGUAUCUACGCCCCCAGGCUUACAGCUGCACUCACAUUCACGCAAAAAUUGUUUUAUUGCCUGAUGACCUUUACAUUUUGGGUAAUUAUGCGUCUACCAGGUGCCCAUUCCUUUUACAAUUGGUUACUAAGUAUGACAAUAAGGAAAGCCCAAAUGGCCUCACCCGAACGACUAAGAAAACUUGAGCACAGAAAAUAUCCCUACGAAAUAAACGCCAAUUGCACUCGACUGUGACACUGUGAGGCCUUUUAGUGUAGUUAUAGAAUCCGAUCUCUCCCGUCCCUUAUACAGAUAUUCUGGAACUGUCUGUUAUAUCAAGAUAGAAAUGUAUUUAGCUAAAAAAUUCAGCUCAAGCCAAGCCUCAGAGCGGGCUGUAGUGCCUCUGUAUUAUCGUUAUUAAUGUUGUUGUUAUUAUUAUUAUUUCUCCUUUCACGGGUUUUUCUAGAACUUUUCCUCUUGAGUUAUUGGUGAACUUUAACACUUAGGCUUUAAGUUUUUGGUUGUAGCAUUUUCCUUAUAAAAUGUGGUGUUCCUAACAUAUUUGUUUUUUUUAAAUAGAAUAUAUUAAAUAUUAUUAAAGAUAUAUUUUAGACCAUUA